CAUCCUGUCAGGUUCACACGGGCAGUUUCGCUCGCCGUUGCACUUUCGGGACUUUAAACCAGACUCCGUUUAAAAAUGUGUUGUUUUUGGAUUUCUGACUCAGAGGCCGAGGAACGGACUUUAUACAGACACUUUUAUUCAUGAUUACUAACCACUGAUACUCGCUGUUGUAUUCGGUGAAAAAUGUCACAACAGACAUCACUCAGAUUUAAUGAAAUCUUAACUUUGAUGAACAGAUUUAUGAUCGUUCAACUCCGCUGUAACGUGUUAAUAACUUCGAAUCUUCUUCAUAAAAUGAUCUGUAUCUGCACGGACGUCCUGUGAUGGGGUGUCCUUAUCCUCGUCAUGAGUCUGAGUUCGAGUGACCUCACCGAGCUCAUGGAGCUGUGGGAGGAGCUGAACCUGACGUCCAUCGACAACCUGUCCCACGUGGAGACGCUGCUGUGUUCGGGCGCCGUCGGCCAUGCCGUCUUCCUCCACUUCCUCUCCGUCCUCUACGUCUUCAUCUUCCUGGUCGGCCUCGCCGCCAAUGCCCUGGUGGUCUGGGUCAACCUGCGCUCUGAUGGGAACCGCUACGAGACACACCUGUACGUCCUGAACCUGGCAGCAGCCGACCUGUGCGUCGUGGCCACGCUGCCGGUCUGGGUGACCUCGCUGCUGCGCGGCGGUCUCUGGCCAUUUGGCGAGGCCGUAUGUAAACUUGCCCACCUGGUCUUCAGUGUCAACCUCUUCAGCAGCAUCUUCUUCCUCACCUGCAUGAGCGUCGAUCGCUACCUGUCCGUCACGCUGCUCGCCGAUGCCCCUGGCAGCCGCAGGAAGAGGGCGGCACGGCGGCUGAUCUGCGUGCUGGUGUGGCUGCUGGCGCUGGCGGCCUCCGUCCCCGACACCUACUUCCUGCGAGCAGUGAAGUCGUCGCACCACGAUGGCGCCGUCUGUCGGCCAGUUUACCCGUCCGAGAACCCGAGGGAGUGGAUGGCGGGCGUCCAGCUGAGCUUCAUCGUCCUCGGCUUCGCCGUCCCCUUCCCCGUCAUUGCUGUCUUCUACCUGCUCCUGGCAGCGGCAAUCCCUCCCGGCUCGGACCAGGAGCGCCGCGUCAGCCGGCGGAUCGUCCUGACCUACAUCGUGGUGUUCCUGGUGUGCUGGCUGCCGUUCCACGCCGUCCUCCUGCUGGACACGCUGUCACUGCUCGCCGUCCUGCCCUUCAGCUGCCAGCUGGAGAACUUCCUGGACGUGGCGCUGCACCUGACGCAGUGUUUGUCUCUGAUCCACUGCUGCGUCAACCCCAUCCUCUACAACUUCCUCAACCGGAACUACCGCUACGACCUCAUGAAGGCCUUCAUCUUCAAGUACUCCACCAGGACCGGACUCGCCAGGCUCAUUGACGCCUCGCACGCCUCCGACACCGAGCGCUCCCUGGUGACGACAGACAACGGUGCACCCAUGUGAACUCUGCUCCCUCCCAACAACCUGCUGGACCAACAAGACGCCGCUCGCCAAGACCAGGACCUGCAGGACCUGGAGGACCUAUGAAGAUGUACAAACUCUGGUGAACAUCUGGAAAAGUUUCGACCGGACUCAACCAAAUCAGAUGUGAAACAAACAGAGGAUCAAUUGAUCAGCUGGAGAUUAAGUGAUCAGCUCUCUGAUAAUCAAUGAUAAUCAAUGACAGUCUCUUUGAGUUUUGGACUAAACUUCCUCAAACCACUGAACCAUGAGAUGAACUCUAUUAUUGAUCUGCUGCUGUUACAGGUUAUAACUCACUGUUUCUAAUAAUACUAAUACUACGAAUACUCAUACUGAAAAUACUAGUACUAAUACUACAACAGACUGCAGUGACACAGUUAAAAUCAAUCAGAUCAGGUCAGCUGAUCAAUAUGAAAGGAUCAAUACCUCUGACCUCUGAGGCCUAUCAUGACCACACAGUGUGAGGUCCGUCCACAGACUUUAGUCCUUGUGGAGUCUCCAGUCGUCUCAGCUCAAACACUCACAGGUGAGUCUGUGAGGUCACAGGUUACAGGUGUGUCAGAUGUAACUGUUGUAUUCUAUGAAUAUGUCUGUGUUUUAUAUUUGAUUUCUUUCUCAAUCAUUCCAAUAAUCAAAAGGAGAAUGUAUUGAUCUGCAGGAGAACAGAGAAAAUGAAACGUCUGAUGUUUGAUUGACUAGAAAUAAAACACAGAGUGUACUGGGUUGUUAAAAAGUCCUGGAACGUGUUCAAGGAUCAUUGGAACUUUCUCAAGGACCACUGGGACAUAUUCAAGGACCCUCUGAUUCCUCUCAAGUCAGAAAAGAGACCAAACUCUGUUCAGAAAAAUUCUUUCCCUCUAGGUUUCGUUCUUACUCUGCUGUUGAGAAAUAAGAAUUCCUGGAACACAUUCAAGGACCAUUGGAAACCCUCCAAGGACUCAUUUUGUCAUGUAUCUGUUAUGUUGCUCGUCCCUUACUUUGUUGAGUCAUAGUUUCCUGAUGUUUUUCUCUAUUAAAAUGAAAACAUGGAGGAAACUGAAGUUUCGUUUUUUUUUUUUCUGUUGAUGUGAACGUGUCAAACUGGAAACAGCUGAUCUGAGGUCUGAUCUCCUCUGACCUGACGAUGAGUAAAAACGUGUGAACGCCCA